AUGAAUCUGGCAUUCAACCGGGAACUGAUUGGACCUGCAAUGUACUUUGGACUUAUGGGCGAUGGUCAGCCUAUUGGACGUUAUGACGAUAUGUGGGCUGGCUGGUGCAUAAAGGUUAUCUGCGACCACUUGGGAUAUGGAGUGAAAACUGGACUGCCAUACAUAUGGCACAGCAAAGCAAGCAACCCAUUUGUUAAUCUGAAAAAGGAGUACAAAGGUAUCUUCUGGCAAGAAGAGAUCAUUCCAUUUUUCCAAGCUGCAACCCUUUCAAAAGAUUGCACCUCUGUUCAGAAAUGCUACAUUGAACUCUCCAAGCAAGUCAAGGAGAAACUUGGAACUAUUGAUCCCUAUUUCGUCAAACUUGCUGACGCCAUGGUCACUUGGGUUGAAGCUUGGGAUGAGAUUAAUAACACCGUCUCUGAAGAGACAACUUCAACCAAAGCUUCUGAGCUUGCUGCUACCAAGUGA